AUGUUGGGGGUACCACAGGCAUUGUCAAGAGUACGCCCCAACCGUGUCUUCAGUUCAUUCAAGUUGUUCUCCAAGCUAAACAUCCGCCAACCAAAGGUGCUUCAAUUGCAAUCGGCAUUUUCCAUCCCAGAAGUUUUGAACCCGUGGGCUCGCUUCUCCAGCAACAUGACUUCUUCAACUAGCGGGAUCACUUCAUCGUUCGCAGCUUCAUCUUCGCUAAGGCCACCAAUUGACGACCCUGAGAUCACCUCGAUCCUGUCCUUCUGGUUCUCCAACCGCGAAACCAGCAAGAAAUGGUUCGGCGGCGGCGAGAGCUUCGACCAAGAGAUCCGCGCCCAGUUCGCCUCCCUCGUGACGCAGGCACGCAACGACCAGCUCGAUCACUGGACCGAAACACCACAGGGCAGCCUGGCGCUCAUCCUUCUCCUCGACCAAUUUCCCCGCAACAUCCAUCGGGAUUCGGACCAGGCACACGCUUCAGACGCAAAGGCAUGCCAGGUCGCGGUGGCGUCGAUUGCACGAGAAUUCGACAAGCAGAUUCACGCCACUCCUGCAGACUCGGACGCAGAGGCAGAGGGCAUGGGCAUGAUACAGGCACUGUUCUUCUACCUGCCCCUGAUGCACGACGAGUCAGUCAUGUCGCAGAUCGCGUGCAUAGCGCUGUCGGAAGCGUUGGUCACUCGAUGCGAGCUCGCCAACGAUGACUUCGCACGCGACUACGUCACUAGGAGUAUCUCUCAUGCCAAGGGACAUCGUGAUACGAUCGUCAAGUUUGGGCGGUUUCCGAAAAGGAAUGCUAUCUUGGGGAGGGAGAGUACGGAGGAGGAAAGACUGUUUCUUGAACAGAAUCCAGGUGGCUUCUUUUAUUCUGGUCCUCAUUGA